AUGUCGGAAGUCGACACGUCGCCUCCAGCGACAACGGAAGAAAAGAUCGGCUCGGCUGUGGCUCCGUCCACCGCUGCUGCUGCCCCUCAUCCGACCGCCGAUGGACUCAACACAGGCGUCUUGUCCAACGAAGCAACACAACCAACGCCCAUUUUCGUGCUACCAGAAAAGGUGCUCGAUGAAGCCUUCAACGAUAUUUGGGCUAACAACGCCAAUGCCAUCUCGCACUGCUACUCAAACACCGACGCUCUAAAAGUUGACUUCACCAGGACCGGGAAGAGAAGCAUCUUUGGCAUGAUAAAUGAUGCCACCAAUUCCGUUUAUCGAAUGGUGCAAGGUGCUGUCACUGACUUCUUUCGACAGACAGUGCUCGACUUUACGUACGGAUCUAUCGGCUUGCACGGUCUCGAACGAUACUACGACGAACUCAACAGCCGUGAUCCAUCCGAGUCGAUACGCCUGGCAAGGGUGCGCGCUUCUGCGAUUGAAAGCUGCCGUCGUGAAGUUGUGCUAGAGACUGAAGAUGUCCUUGGAGGCUGGACGCUUUGCUCUCCCUUGCAAGCCAACACGGUGCAAGCGCUGAAACUCGAGGAGAAGGUCAUGCUCCUUACGGCUAAGGCGCUUUAUGUCUGCAGCUAUGACUUUGGCAGCGAGAAGCUCAACGAGUUUACAAAAGUGCUUGUCGGAGACAUUGUUGGGAUUCAGGAAGGUCUCUACAUUACCUCUCCCAACGAGUCCUCUCACCCGGAAGAAAAUUGGGGCUUUGUCGUCACCUAUCUCAACUCUGUCUCCCGGAGCAACACAACAGCCUCCAUCAAGAAUGUCACCACGACCACGGCUGCCGCUGCUACCGCUGCCUCUGCCCACGCCUCCGAGUCUGCUCGACGGAUUUUUGCCUUUCGCGCCAUCUCGGACGAAAUCGAUGACCCGACCACGCUGUCCAAUGCCGAGGCUGCAAACAAUCAUUCGCGUCACCUGCACCACACUGUGAAGACUCGUUCAGCCGUAUCUCGGCACGACCAAAGCCUUGCUUCUUCCGAGCCGGGUGACGAGGAGAAGCAAAGCUGCAUGACUUCAAAGCAGAAGGUCAAAAUGAUCGUCGAGCUGUUGCGCGAAUGCUGUAUCGAGGCAGGAGCAUUCGAUCCGGAAGACGAAGAAGAGCAAGAGUCUUUCGUCACUCAAAAGACAGUUCAAAGUCUGGACGAAGCAAAAUCCAUGAUGCCCCUGUUCGGCUCGCUCAUCGAGAACCUAAAGCGCCGCCUGUGGCUUUGA